AUGGCCGACGUCCUGAAACUCUUCUGUCUCGUCGAGGGGCAUUCCACAUCGAGAGCAUUCUCAGUCAAGUUUUCCUCAGCAGACACAGUCGACGACCUUAAGAACCUUAUCAAGGCCCAACAGACUUCCGAAUUUGAUGGCAUUGACGCAAAUGCGCUCACUCUCUGGCUCGUUUCGAUCCCUGUCCUCGACGACGAGGAUGAUGGAGAGUCCGCAAUUAUGCUCCACAGUCUGAACGAAAAGAAGAAGCUUAAGCCGACAACAGAUCUUUCCGAGGUGUUCACUGAAGGGGCACCCAAAAAGACGAUUCACAUCAUUGUACAACGGCCUGUACCAGGUCCUUUCGCUGCGCCUCGCCCUGUUUCCUCUUUCCUUCGCGCUGCCUCUCCAACAUACAAAGAACUAGACGCCAUAAUCAAGGAUGUUGUAAAGCAGUUUUUUGCUCCCGAGUCCUUCGCCGCUCUCUUUCUCGAUUCCUACGUGCAAGGUCAGCAGGGACUACCAACCACGACGGAUGGCAUCUGUGGCCUACCAAGGAUGUGGCGUCGUGGAAGGCGCAGAGCACCCGAGUCGCAUCCGAGCCUCCUCUUGCUGGACCUACCACUGCCUCCAGAAAGUGCAGACCAUCUAGUCCCUGAACGAUUUAGAUCAAACGCCGUACUGAACCUGCUCGAGGAAUCGUUAAUGCGAGACAUUCCCAUUUUCGGCGUUAGCGGAUGUGGAAAGACUCGCUCCGUGAUAGAGGUCCUCUGUCUACAAUGGGGGUUCUACUUCAAUGCAUCGGCGGAUGACAUUGGAUCGGACGAUCUCAAUAUUUUCGCAGGGAUCAUCACUGAGGAAACGUCGGUAGAACUAGGGACAAGUGCCAACACGGUUUUUGCAAGGAAAAUGACCCUCUUGCUCUUCCUCUCUCGGCUCUUGAUCUUCAACUACUGCUUGCAGGUCCCAGGCUGCCGACAGACGUUUACGAGUGCAAGUUGGGCCAUACUACAAGUCUGUGCACCUAUACUCCAGGAGCCCCAGGAUGUCUUCUCGGUGCUAUCCAAGGAACUGUUCGACCUAUUGCAAGUGCGUUCAAUUGAUGAGGAGGCUCUGGAAACCGUUGUCCAGAGGGAGUUCCAGUCAGUACGAGACCGUCUUGCAGCCCAUGGCUACCCCAACUUUUCAACCGCCACCAUGUUGCGGCUGGUCUUGGACAAGGCCCAGAUUCUAGGCGACUGGGGCCCCACACUAUUUCAAUCAUUAUUCCAGGGAUCUGAGAAGCGGCCCAUGUCUCCUAUGCUGGAUGGAUUUCGAGGAGUUGGCAAUCUAUAUAAUUUUACAAUCAUCUAUUGUGAACGGGCGAUGCUGCACUCGACCGAUGCUUCGGUGCAUGGAAACAUGUGGGAGACCAUGAUGCCGGCUGUCUUCGUGGAAACAUUCAAGGAUCGUCCUCUCUCGUCUUGGCGUCUGCUGCCUAACGACAGCAUCCCCGAUCUGCUCGCUGGCCAGGUGACGAUUGUGGGGUACAAUGAGAAGGACCCGAAGCUCGGAAUCUCAUACCGCAGCAUCACAACAGAGGAGUUUAUGAAGGCACACGUCAAACACAACUCGAAGCAAGGAGACAAAGCCAUUCCCCCGUUCCACUUCCCAGACCCCCAAGUCUCUGACCCUGACGUUAUUUUCUUCAUCCAGUCAACGGACAGUAUUUCCCAGUGUUUGUCCAACUCAAACUGCGACAAUGACGCCGAGCAAGCGCUCGCAACGAUCAGCGGUCGUACUGUCGAGGAGAAGCAGAAGCAGGAGAAGCAGAAGCAGGAGAAGCUGGAGCAGGAGAUGUCGAAGCGGGAAAAGUUGGAGCAGGAGAAGCAGAAGCAGGAGAAGAAGCAGCAAAAGAGAGCGAGGCAGAAGAAGUCAAGGCGAGAGAAGUUGAGACAGGAGAAGCUGGAGCAAGAAACAGAGUAUCAAAAGCCAGAAAAGCAAAAGCCGCCAGAACUUCAAGACUACUGUCCCACCAAAGUCUAUAUUAGCAUGAUAAUCACCUACCCUGCAGUGGUGGUCAGCUUCCGAGGCCCGAUCCGCCCUGACCCUGAACCAGAGCUUGCUGAACUCCAUCGUGUUAUCAUCAGAGUGGACGACAGCAACUUUGCGCAGAUCUUCCCGGAAUAUCAUGUCAAGUUCCUCGACGGGCUUAAGCAUUUUAAGCGAAACGCGGAAGAUCAACAAGGCCAGGGUCGGCAUAAAAGGCUGUGGGCCGAUUGCAAAUAGACUAUGUCUGACCCGAUGCCUCCUGGAUAUUGAUCGUUAUGAGCACAUCCUUUGCAUUUACUACCAAGAGAUGUAUCGCGGCAUUUGUCGAAGAAAAUUGCCUAAGAAAUGACUUACUUGCACUAUUUGUCGCUAUAUGAAGCACACUGCUGUUGUGGUGGUGGAAAAAAGACGAAGCACAGGACUUCAGGA